UGUAAAUGGCGCAUUUUCUGAUGUUUUCUUAUUUUUCUACUAAUUUCAGACAGGAAUGGGUUUGGAGAUAAAUAUAAACGAUGAGUCGGCUCGUAGAGUUGACAAGUUCCUUGUGACGAACAAGUACAAGGAGCUGGCCGAGAACGCGAUGUCGUUCAACAGGAAGCUGAACGAGGAGAGGAAGAUGAGGAUACCAUAUGUCGACGGACAGACCGGAGUGGCGCAGCGCCAUUACGAUAUGAUGCGUAAGUGUCGUGAGCGAAUGCCUGGUCGUCGUGAGGGCCAGAUCCUCUCCUAUCCGCAGCGUAAAUGGGUGAAGAAACGGUAUCAGUAUCUUCAGCACUUUUUGCUACCUAAGCAUCUACGAUAUAUCGCAGAAUCGGCGCCAAGUCUCGGCGAAACACCAGUUAUCGGGGAGGCGCCGGUAUUCGUUCCCGAGGAGAUGUCCCACCCUAUGAUGAGUAAAGACUCCUGGGAGUACUACGACGACGAAGCCUACGCAAUGCAGGAGCCGAUCGGUUCCGAACCCGAGAGUGAUUCAGAUUUUGAGUAUGAGAGUGGGAGAGGGAAGAAAGGAAAAGGAAAGAAGGGAAGUAUGGGGAAAAGUAAAAUGGGAAUGAGUAAAUCUAAUAAAAAGAGAAGUUUUGACGAAGAAAGAACACCGACUCAAGACAGAUCUAGUCGGUCAGCCCGGAGAAGUGUCGGAGGACCUCCUCCUCAACCUCCCCAUCCAUCCGCUCAUCACCCUCCUCCUCCUCCACCUCCUCAACAUCAUCCACUGAAUCAGCAACAAACACCGCCACAGCAACAGAAUUCAGCUGCAUCUACACCACCGGAGGAUCUCUACGAGCCGACACCAGUCGUUAUCAAUCCUAAACCUAAGGCAGAUUCAUCCGUCUACUGUGAUUUCUGUCUCGGGGAUACAGUGAUGAACAAGAAGACCGGAGGACCAGAGGAGCUUAUUGCCUGCUCCAUCUGUGGUCGUGCAGGGCACCCUAGCUGUCUACAGUUUACUAAGAAUAUUAUAUUCAGGAUGGUAAGUGUAAGUAAGUAUCCCUGGCAAUGUAUCGAGUGUAAGUCCUGUACUCUCUGCGGCACCUCGGAGAACGACGACAAACUGCUCUUCUGCGACGACUGCGACCGUGGUUAUCACAUGUACUGCUUGGUUCCUCCGAUGAAGGAUGCUCCUGAGGGCUCCUGGAGCUGCUCGAUUUGUAUCGAAACCUUCCACAAGAAGUAAACACAUCAUGGCACCUAAGAUAGAACCCGGAGAAGGUUUGACCUCAUUCUAAUCAAAUCAACCCCCUUGGCUAGUGGCUAUUUUGAAUUCAACUUAGAUAAGGAUAAAUAUGAACCUCAAACGUUAUCCUGGAUUGAACCCGGAGAAUGUUGAACCUGAACCUAAGCCGCUCCAAGAUAUCUCGGAGAUGUCUGAUCUUUAACCUGACAUUGAACCUGUUUCUAUUCUCUGUGUGGUAGAAAAAUAUUGUUCAAGUUUUGACCAGAACCUUGUUUUUUAAUCGUUACUAGAUAUUUUUUGUUUAGUUAAA